GGAACAGAGGGAAGUCAGCAUUUUUAUAUUUUAGUGGGGGCUGGUUGUUUCUCCGGAGAUUUUCUCGUUUGAUCCUUUUACUCAACCUGUUUAUGCCGGUAUAUUGACAUUCUUCUCAAAUUUUUAUCGCCUGAAUUUGAUGUUCUUUUGAACUCUAUUGGUACAAUUUCGCUAGUGGUUCAUUCAUCGAGGCGCCCCAGAUUUUCGGUGCAGCCAGGGUUUCGGAAUUCAAAGAACUUGUUCCUACGGUUGUCUUCUUCCGAGUGAGAAUUUCUCAUUUCUUCGUUGAAUUCUCGAAUUGGGUUUCUGUUGAGGUUUGUCUUUACCUCUGUAUCAAUUGCCAUCGGAAUUCGGAUACAGAGUUCAAUUUGGUUAUGAAAACCUCUCUGAUUUUUUUUUCUAGAUGGUGAAAAUAUAGAGCUCAUUCUCUUCGUGUACCUUUUCGAGUUUGUAAAAUUGAGAUCCUUUGAGGUUGUUGUGAUGUUGCUUCUUCGAGUCUCUGCAACUAAAUUCUCAUGUCUGUGCUGACUCUCCACCGUAAUUUACUUACGGAAAAUCCUGCUACAGUUGCUGCUCUUAUAGGUGGUAGAUCAGUUUCUUAUAAUUUUGAAGCUCCUUGGCAUCUACCACUCCAGUCUCCUGAUGUUUCACUUCCAGAAAUUUGGCCGGAAGCGUCUUGGCUAGCAUAAGAACAGUCAACGAGAAUUUCUGAUCAAAUUCUAUUUGAUGUAGUUCAGUUAGCAUCUCCUUGUACUGCCCAAAGUUCUAUUCAAUCUUCAUCCGUUCAGGGUUUUAAUGCAGAGCUGCCAUGCCAAGCCCAUUGCUUGAACCACUUUGAAGGGUUGUUAAGUAGGUGUCAGCUUGGAUAUGAGUUGUUAUGGCUGCUUUUGAGUAAUGGGUGGCAGUACGAGAUUUGAGUUGACUUCAGGUAACCCGGAGGGAUCAGCCUUUGCUGCUACCUAUCCACAUGGGCAACGGAGCAACUAUGCAGCCACCAAUUUGGAUAGGUUGAGGAGCUUCCGGGAGGGUAUGGAGAAUCGGUUGCUAAGUUCUGGUCCAGGAUCGCCCCAAGGGAGUAAUACAUUGUCAGCAAACAUGCCCUCCUUGUCACAGUGUUUGAUGUUGGAGCCAAUUAUGCUUGGCGAUCAGAAAUUUACUCGUGCAGGAGAGCUAAGGAGGGCUCUGGGUGUUAAUUUCGGAAACACCUCCGAGGACCAUACUUUUGGAGCUGUACACUCCAAGGCUCCUCCAGUAGCUAUAGACGAACUGAAACGUUUCAAAGCUUCUAUUUUUGAUGCCUGUAACAAAGCAAGGGAGAGAGUGAAAACUUUGAAUGACUCUAUAGUAAAAUUGGACGAAUAUUGUGAAGCCCUCAACUCAAGGAAGAAACAACGGAGUGAACUCGCAUCAAGCGAAAGGUCAGGUGGGACAAAUUUGUUGAAGAUGGGGGCUCAGAUCCAUCAAAAGCUUGUAACUCAAAGGCUGGAGGAGAGGACUAAGAAUGCUAUUAAUAAGAGAGUUCGUACAUCAGUUGCGGAAGUAUGGUCAGAAGGUCGGAAUUCUACUCUUUCAAGGCAAGCUGGGUUCACUGAUAAGGAUAGGGAUGUGCUCAGGGCUGGCAAUGGCGUUCAAGUUGAAGAGAGGGUCCGUGGACUUCCUGCAGCAGGGGAAGGGUGGGACAAAAAAAUGAAAAGGAAACGGUCUGUUGGUAUAGUUGUUACUAGAGCUAUGGAUGGUGACAGAGAGGUUAAACGAGCAACGCUUCAGAAGCUUAAUAGUGAUCCUAGGCCUCGAUUUUCUGAUGCCCAUGGUUUCAGGUAUCUUUUUUUUUGGUUCAGUUUACAAGUCAGCCCAAAUUUCAACCUUUGCCUCUGAAUAAUAUAAUUACUCACCCUUUUUUGAUUUGCUGCUUCUCUGUUUUUGUUUUAUCAUAGCACUGAAAUUUAAAAUUUCAUCGAAGGUAUAUUUUACAUGGAAACUUGGCACAAUUGAAUGUUAAAACGAAAUUUUGCUUCCAUGCUUAGUUGAUUUGGUCUAUUGUACUACAUCUUUUUUCAUCAUGUUUAAGUUUGAUCAUGUCUGAACUCGAAAGGAAACCAAUGCUUCUGUAGUUAUUUACCAAGCUAGAAUGUCAAUU